AUGGAUUCCAAUGAGCGACGUGUAAUGAGAGUCGUAAUGAUGCUGAGGUUGACAGUGUUUAUCGCAUUUGUUUUUCAAGUGAAUGGACAAGGUGUAGGUGUUAGGAAUGUUCCAACUGUCUCAUAUAAACAACAAGACAUGAAAUUACAAGACGGCAAGCUGGGACAACCUGCUGUUCAUCAUCAACAGGGACUCGACCCUGCAAAAGAGAAUAUGCAACAGAAGCAUGGAGCAGGUGGAACAGGGAGACAGCCUGGUGCUGGGAAACCAGCAGCUUUCAGACUUUCAGAGAGCAGGGAAUGUGCAGAUGAUAUUGUUAAGCACUGUAACCCUAAAAUAUACAAAAAUAAUUUCGCCAUUCUGGAUUGCUUACAGAAUGACAUUAAGAUAAUGGAAGAUUUAUCAGAAGUGUGUCAGCAUUUUAUAUGGAAAUACAAACUAAAUUUAACACGAGAUGACAGGUUUGACUAUGCAGCUGGAGAAGUGUGUAAGCAGGAACUGAGUCAGAAUGAAGAAUGUUCACAGCUGGAGAAAGGCAAGGGACUGAUUAUACCUUGCCUGGUGGACAACAUUGUAAACAUCACAGGAAACUGUCGGACAUACCUGGAGAAAAUGGCCCGGAUUGUGUUCAGUGACUAUAGACUGAUUUUCCAUUUCGUUGACCAGUGUAAUGCAGAUAUUCAGCAGUUUGGCUGUGGACGAGUCGCUCCAUUGGAUGAAAAUGAUGUUCAUUCUCAAGGAAAAACACUAGAAUGUUUAGCAGACAAGAUUGGUGAUUUACACGAUGGCUGUCGGAAACAGUUGUUGAGAGUGGCAGAACUACAGGCGGAUGACUACCACUUGGAUCGCCAGUUGUACUACGCCUGUCGUGAGGAUAGAGAACAUCUGUGUGCAGAUGUACCUGCAGGAGGAGGGAAAAUAUACGAAUGUCUUUUUAAACACAAGUUCGAUAACACAAUGUCAGCAAAGUGUAAAGAGAUGUUAACGGUGAGACAGCAACUCAUUGCCCAGGACGUCAAAGUGGAAAAGACAUUCUACAGUGCCUGUCGCCGUGACAUGAAAGAGCACCAUUGUUUUAAGAAAGACACAGAGGAAGGGGGUGACUUUCGCAGAGCCAAUAUUUUACUGUGUUUGGAAAAUGCUAUAAAAACAGAGAAACAAAUAAGUCCAGAAUGCCAAGCAGAGAUGGCUGAACUUCGACAGGAAUUGAUGGAGGAUUACUCGAUUAGUCCUGAGAUUUUAACAGACUGUAAAACGGAGAUAAUGGAGUCGUGUGACAAAGGCCUAGAAAGGGGAGGCAAGACUAUUCACUGCCUGAUGGAUCUGGCUAGGCCAGCCAGGGAUCAACGAUCACACAAACAGCAAAAAACAAUGUCGGCAAAAUGUCGCAGAGCGCUGGAGGCAUUAAUUCAGGAGGCUGAUCCCGCCAGUGAUUAUAGAAUGGACAGGGUGUUACAAAAAGCGUGUGAACCUGUCGUACAAGUUGGGUGUAAACAUGUUCAACCAGGAGAUGCGAGAGUGAUCAGCUGUUUGAUGGACCACCUGGACUCGGAGAUCAUGAAUGACGAGUGUGAGGAGAGACUGAUGGAAAUACAGUACUUUGUGGCCAGAGACUUUAGAUUGGACCAACAGUUAUUCAAAAAAUGUCGCCGCCCUGCCAGGGAGCUGUGUGGAAUCAAGGGCGAUUGGCUCGAGAGUCGACACAAAGAUGACAAGAAACCAGCAUAUGUCGUCGCAUGUUUGUUCAGAAAUUUUAAGCAAGAAAAAGAAAAGAAAGGGAGAAAGGGGGAUCCAGCUAAUGCAGAGAAAGGGGUAUCCAAACAGUGCAAGAAUGAGAUCAAGAGAGUAAUGAAACAGCGAGCCCAGCGAGUUCAACUGAAGCCUGAGAUCGAGCAAGCUUGUCUCAGAGAUCUCGGAAUGCAUUGCUCUGAAUCUGAUGAUCCAGGAGCAAACCAGGAAAUCUCGUGUUUACAAGAACAUUAUGACCAGUUAGACCCUGAAUGUCAGGAUGUCAUAGGAAACUUCACAGAGGAUGAAGAUGAAAUGCCAGAGCUGGAUAUCAUUCUGAUGAAAGCCUGUACCCCCAUGAUCAACAAAUUCUGUGAUGCGGAUGAAGAAGUAGAUGGAGAUGACACAGAUGAUAUCAUGGAAUGUCUGAUAGAAAACAAAAACAGAAAAGAUAUGAAUGAGAAAUGUCGAGCGGGCAUCGAGCAUCACCAACUGAUAUCAAUGAAGAAUUUCAGAUUUGAUCACAAGUUCAAAGAAGCUUGCAAGCGCUCAGUUUCAAAGUUCUGCAAAAACAGGAAAACAAAAAAUGAAGUGAUUUCCUGUCUCAGUGAGCAUGUUAGGAAUGACACCUUGUUGGAUGAGAAGCAGCGAAUUGACAGAGUUUGCAGAAAACAGCUUCGUGUGGAAGUCUUAGAGAGGGGUGAAGAUAUCCACUUGGAUCGUAAACUCGAGGAUGCCUGCCAUGACGACAUUAAGCAAAAAUGUCAGGGUGUAGACUCGGGAAAUGCAAAGAUGAUAGAAUGCCUUAAGAGUCAUCAGAAAUCACUGUCCCCUAAGUGUCAUAAGGUUCUAUUUAAGAGAGAGAAAGAAGAAGCUGUACUUGGUGAUUAUAAAGUACAUUCAGUGUGCAAGAGAAUGAUCAAGAUGUUUUGUAAUGAGGAUGAUAUGGAGGAAGAUGAAAUUCUGCCCUGUCUAAAGAAGAACAAAGAUAGGCCUGAAUUCGAUGAGAAGUGCCAUCAGCUCAUUGUGAAGCGAGAAAUAGCAGAAAAUAAGGAUUAUAGAUUAAAUCCAGAACUACAGAAGAAAUGCCGUUUAGACAUUCCUAAAUUCUGUUCUGAUAUUCUCAAAGCUCAGAAGAAUGAUAAUGAACUUCAGGGCAAGAUUGUUACAUGCCUGAGGAAAAAAUUCGCGGUGAAGAGACUGUCCAGAGAAUGUAACUUGGUCAUUAGAGACAUUAUCAAAGAUUCAGCUCACAAUUACAUGGAAGAUGCAGUCCUGGCUUCAGCAUGUGAAGGAGAGAUCAUUAAAUAUUGUGGGGAUGAACAUGAGAUGGCAAUGAAGGGAAGGAACUCUGAAAGCAGAAAUAAAGUAGAAAUGGUGCAAGUCCAGGACGGCAGUGGAAAAGUGGUGGAAUGUCUGAAGCAAAAAUUCCUUAAUCGUAUCAUCACUAAUACUGUUUGCAAACAGGAAAUUGAGAGAGUGAUUCAGGAAUCACAGAUUGAUAUUAAUGUGGACCCACUGCUUCACAUGACUUGUCAGCGUGACCUUCAGAAGUUCUGUGGUGACCUUGAACCUGGCGAAGGACAUCGAAUGGCAUGCUUGCUAGCAGAGCUUGAGGAUCAUCCAAAACAAAUUUCUGAGAAAUGUUUAAAAGAAUUGGAGAAGAGGAAACUGUUAUGGGAGUUGGCAGCUCAGGGUAAACCAAUCGAGGGCUUUCAUGAUGUCUACCAACAGAUUGUGGCCUCCCCUUCCAAGAACUAUCUCCUGUUUGUCAUAUGUAGUAUUAUAGGUGUGUUUUUCCUUGUGGGUAUUACCUGCGGGAGGGUCAGCAAGCGAGUAGCCAAACAGAACAAAAUGAAAUAAACAAACACAUUCCACUACAUGCAGCUUCCAGAGGGCAGAGACCAAGUCAGGCGAUUUAUGAAAAUAUAAUAGAGGUUCAUAAAUUUUAACUUUUUGUUUGAAUGAGUUCUCUACAUUCAAUUGCAGUCAAUUUAUACAUACAUGUAAGUACGUAAGCCAUUAUAUGUUAUGUAGUAAUGUAUCAAAGACAGAUUCUAAUAUCUUCGGUCUUGUAUUUAGGUCUUGUCUUAUAUUAGAAAUGUUAUUUUUUUUUUUAAUAUGCUCAAAAAAAAAGUCUCCUUAUAAAAACAGAAUGUAUUUUUUGUUUAAAUCAAAUUUAUACUUUUAAAUUAAAAUGAUUUCUCUAUUUUACUUUAUGGUAGACUGUUUAGAAGUUGCUCAUAUCUGUGAUUCAUGUAACAUUUUACAUACAAAUGUAUUAAGACAUUAAUACGAUUGUCCAGUGGAUUCAUAGAGAUUAUUUGCAUUUCCAAUUUAUUGUAAAUAUUUUUUCGGUGUGAAAGAUUUGAUUAUGUGUCAUAUAUGAUGUGAUGAUAUGAUUGUUGAUGAAUGUUAAUACAUGUAAUGUGUUUCAUAAAAUGUAUCCCCAUGUAUGUCUAAAGGUGGAGAUUCGUCACUAACCUAAAAGUACCAUGAAAAUAGUUUUAACCAAAAAUUUGUGUGGAAUGUAGCAGAAAGUUUUGAUUUACAUGUAUAUGAUCUUGGGGUUGUUUUUAUUAUUUUUGAUGACUAAGGAAAAAAAAUUAUUUGAAUUUGUGAUUAGUCGCAGUUUAUAUUGCUUUAAUAUAUAUAAAGUAGAAAUCAGAUAUAAAAUGUAUAAUGCUCUUACAUGCCAGUUAAAGAGUCAAAUUUUAACAUGGUUUUUUAAUGUGCAUAAUCAGUGAAGCCUUGAUGUAAAUUAGUCCGCAAAUGAUGCAAGGCUCUGUUCACAUGUUGUGAAAUACUCAAGAUUCUACAGAGAGAAAGAAAUACACGAGACAUAUGGUAUAAAAUGAAAGUGUGUGCAAGCAAAGACCAGCUGUAGGGAGAUAGUCAUCUAGCAUUAAUGCAUGUAUGUGUCUUGUGAAUACUUGUCAUAAAAUAUUCUCCACAAUCAGAUAAUCAGAAAUGUCCAAACAAUUGUUCAUUUGUAUUCUUAAUUUUCUUUGCAAUUUAAAUCUUCAUCAGGUGAAUAUUUUGGUUAAUUAUCCUGAUUUGGACAUUUUCUGUGUUUCUGUUUUUUGAAAUACACCGGUAAUGAUGUGUAUGAGUUACCUGCAUGUUUGUAUGCUAGAUGCCUUAUUUGAAAAGUAUAAUAUUGUCUUUUUUUUGUUGAAUUGGAUCAUUUGAAGUUGUAAUUCUUUUCACAACCAAAAAAUUCUUAGUAGAACUGAAAAACAUGACAGUAAAGAUAUAAAAUAAAACAAGAACUAAAGUAUAUUUCUUCUCAUGCUGAAUAAAAAAUCUAUAGUAAAUUAGGCCUAUAGUUUGCUGAAGUGUUAGGUAUGUUGCCGUACCUUGUUUUUGUGGGUUUGUUUCCAUUCCCGUAGCAUGUGAACAAAAUUGUCUUGGUGCUUUAACCUGUUUGCAUCCGAAUGAUUGAUGUCAAUUUUUAUGACUAAAUCACACAGUGAACAUAAUCAUAUGUUGUACGUUAAGAACAUGUAAUAUAAAAACUUAUUUUUGUGCCCUUUCAUCUAGCAGAUCAGAUAAAUCUCUGCAGGGAAAACAAUUUUUUUUUCCUUGUACGAGUUGGAUUGAUGGUGCAUUAUACAUGUAUGAACAUUUCAAAUGUUGCCCAAAUAGACUGUGUUAAAUGUAUAAUACAGUGAAAGUACUUGUUAUUUAUUUUGUAUAUUGUUGCUAGAGUACAUUUUAUAUUUAAAAGUAGCUUUAAUAUUGUCUCUUAUUACAUUGCAUCUUUUAUUUUUCUAUUGAAUUUAUACAUACAGUGUAUAUUUCCCUUUGUUUGAAAGUUGAAAAAUUGUAAGUUCAAGGUCAAGAUUUUGGAAUAUUUGUAUCAAUCAGUGAUUAAAAAAGACUUGUUUUAAAACAUCAUUAAGACAUAGUUCGAAAUAGCAAUAAAGCUGUUGAUUGUUGAAAAAGGCUGGUUUAAACAGAGAACUAUAAUUUUUGAUGUACAAAUCAUGAGAAAUUGAAAUAACAAAGUGCAAAUAUAUGAAAUUCAUUUCAUUCUGUAGCGUUCCUAGUCAUACAAGUGUGAAAAUCAUGUAGAUGAAUAGCCUUCCAUGAAAAUCAUGUACAAGUAAACAAUUAAUUUCAUAAUAAAUUCCAAAUACUAGUACAUGUGCUUGCUUUUAACCACUACUUCAAAACCAUGAAGUGGCAUUUCCUAUUUAAACGACUGUGUUAACAUAUACAUAUUUUAAGGGUUUGUGGUUCCUGUUCAAGUUUUGUAUUUCUGGUGUUUGUUCUUCUGUUUUGUUUAUUACAAAGUAUGCAUUGAUGAUUUGUUUUAUGGAAACAGAGAAGAGUUUUUAAGAUCUUUUUUUUCCCUCUCUGUUAAACGGUACAUACUUUAUCAAAUAUUAAUCAUUAAAAAUACUGGUUGAGGUUUCUACCUACACUUACACAGAUUUCUAUUUUUGUCGUGUCUGUAUCAUGUAUUUCAAAAAGUUAAGUAAAAAAAAAAGAGAGAGAAAAUUGAAUGUUAAUGUCCUACAUCAUGGCUUUAUGUUUGUUUCAUGUAAAAUUAACUAUUUCAGACAUAGUUAAUUGUUUUGAUUGUGAAUUAUAUUAAAUAUAUAUAUACUGAAUAAAUUAAUGAUAAGUUUA